AUGAAAUCUGGUAGGCUUUUCCAAGUCCCAUGGGAUCCUUUCUAUGAGCAAAAUAUGAGACCAAAUAGUGCGAAUCAUUUGGGAAUGUUCACUCUUUUGGUUGUUGAUUAUCAUGAUCAAUCAUUAAAAUAUCAUAUUGAAACAUUAAUUGCUGACUAUGAACAAGAAUGGAUAGUAUCAUCUAUUUAUUUACAAACCAAUACUAAAUUACAUGUUGAAACAAUCACAUAUCAACAUCGAAAUCAAUUAAAAAUAUUAGAAAAAUUUUGUCAACAUUUAAAUUCUUCCAAUUAUCUAUUUGCUAUAACACAUUUUCGUUAUCAAUCACCAACGUAUCUUCAUACAACUCUUUCACAAAUGCACAUUCCACAUUUGUCUAUGUCGAUGAUACCCAAUAAUACAAAGAAUGGAUAUACAUUACAUAUGCAAACAAGUUCCGAACAUUUGAGUAUGGCUUUACGCGAUAUAAUUGAUCAUUUUGAUUGGGGUUAUGAUCAUAAUAAAUUACUAUUUGUUUAUGAAAAACAUACGACUCUCGAUCUUUUAACUGAUAUUUUACGUGCAAAAAACAAUCGGCAACCAGCAAUUAUAUUAAAGGCAAUAACAGUAAAUUCAAAACAGACAUCACAUGCUCGUUCAAUACUUGCAGAAUUGAGAGAUAAAGCUGAACCAAGUAAAAAGAUCAUUAUUGCUUUAAGUCAAAAGUCACUUAAUCAAUUUUUACAUGAUGCACAAAAUUUAGGUAUCGUUAGCAUUUAUUAUCAUUUAUUAGUUAUCGGAGUGGACUCAAGACAAUUGAAUUGGACACAUUUUCGUGAAAGCGGCGUUCAAUUAACUAGUUUACAAUUAGUGCCAAAUAGACCUACACAAAAUCAUCAAAUUGAACUCGCUUUGUUUAAAGAGGCAUUAGAUUCAAUAAAAUAUAUUUUACGAAAAUUAUUCGAUGACUAUGGAACACACCCAAUAAUUCCACAACAAGAAUGCUCGUGGAAUAAAUUGUUUGCAACAAAUAUUUAUUCAACUUUUACACAAAAUAUUGGAGAAAAACUAUUGCAAACAAGUAGAAUGAUAAAAUUUCCUGGUAUAACUGGUAUCGUAGAUUUCGAUGAUGCAGGUUUACGACAAUCAACACAACUUCGUAUACUUGACUUAAGUGACCGUGGUAUGGUUGACAUCGGUACAUGGACGCAUACGACUCGCUUAAAUAUAAGUUAUGUUGCUUUUCAACAAAUGUCUGCUAUUCGAAAACAUUUACAAGUUGUUACACGAGAAGAAAAACCUUAUGUCGUAAAAAAAUUACACACCAAUGGGACAAUUUACUUCGAAGGAUAUUGUAUUGAUAUGUUGGAUGAAAUAGCUAGACGACUUCAUUUUAAUUAUUCUAUACGUAUUGCAAAAGAUGCUGCUUAUGGCAAAGAAGAUGAUAAUGGCCAAUGGUCAGGAAUUAUCGGUGAACUCACUCGUCGAACAGCUGAUUUAGGUAUUGGAGCAUUGACCAUCACAUAUCCACGAGAACAAGUUAUCGAUUUUACAAAACCAUUUAUGACUUUUGGUAUAACAAUUCUAUUUCGUAAACCAUUGAGAACUCCACCCAAUCUGUUUGCUUUUUUGGCUCCAUUGACCGUUGAAGUAUGGCUAUUUAUGGGUAUUGCUUAUAUUGGUGUUAGUUUAUUUCUUUUUUCUAUGGCACGUUUUUCGCCAUAUGAAUGGCAAAGUCCUUUUUCAUGUAAACGUCAUACUGAAUAUCUUAUUAAUCGAUUUACUAUUGUAAAUUGUUUUUGGUUUACCAUCGGUUCACUAAUGAAACAAACUAUUGAUUAUGGUCCACGAUCGUUAUCAACACGUGUACUUAUUGGUUCCUGGUGGUUUUUCUCAUUGAUUAUGAUUGCUUCCUAUACAGCUAAUCUUGCUGCUUUUCUUACAACGAUACGUCUUAAAUCACCUAUUGAUGACAUUGAAGCAUUAGCUAAACAAACUGGUAUUAAAUAUGGUGCUUUGAAGGGUGGUAGCACUGAACAAUUUUUCCGAAGUUCAAAAAUUCCUCUCUAUGAACGAAUGUGGUAUUACAUGUCAUCGCGACCUGAAGUAUUUCCUGAAACAACUGAAGAAGGUAUCGAAUGGGUUAAAAAUCGUAAUUAUGCUUUUUUACUUGAAUCGGCCACUAAUGAAUAUAAUGUUCAACGCCACUGUGAACUUAUGCAAGUUGGUGGCUUAAUUGAAUCAAAAAGUUAUGGAAUUGGUACGACACAUGGUUCGCCAUAUCGUGAUCGUAUAUCGAAUGAAAUUUUACAAUUACAAGAAAAUGGUUUUCUAAAUAAUUUAUAUAUAAAAUGGUGGAAAGAACGUAAUUUACCUGAACGAUGCGAUGAUUCCGAUGUUGAUCAUAGAAAGAAGUCAUUUACUAAUGAACUUGACUUGAAAAAUAUAGGUGGCAUAUUUGUUAUGCUAAUCAUUGGCCUGUCAUUUUCAUUCAUUGUUACAUCACUAGAAUUUUAUUUUAAAGCAAAACGACGUCGAUUAUUAGAUGGAAAAUCAACAACCAUCAAAGAACGGUUGAGACGUGAUCUUCAUUUUGCAUUAUGUACCAAUUGUACAUCAAGUCGACCAACAGUCAUAUAUGAAAAAGACAGUGUUGACAGAACAGAGGAUCAUGGCGAUGAUGCAUUCGAAGAUUUUAAUAUGAAACCAAAUUGCACUGAUGACAUUAUUCUUGACGACACAAUAUUGCCAGUUGGUCAUGAACGAUUAACAAUUAGGCCUGCUAAUCAUUCCCCUAGCCAUUUUGUCUCUUGA